UCAAGCUCGGUAGAAGUCAAGUCAUUGUUGUCAAUACCACAACAACAGGACAACGCCCGCACUCCCUCCAACCCGGACCCAUUUACCCCGCCAAUCCGAACAUUGCUUCUCCACCACCAACACACGUGCCGUACGACCAGUGGACCCCGGAUACGAACGCCCACCAUCUUCAAUAUCACAAUCUCCCAUCGCUUCUCGUCCAAGCCCAGAGCCCCAAAUCCACGGUAUCCUACUCCCGUAAUUCCCAUCCGCACAACGAGAACCCCUCCACCUCGCAUCAUGCCCCCCACAAUCCUCGACUCGCACAUCCACCUCUGGCCCUCGACGGCAACCAGCUCACAAGACCACGCCUGGAUGACCCCCGGGCUGUUCCUCGCCAGGCGGCACGGCGUGCACGACUACGCUGCCGCGACGGCGGCUGCGCCUGUGCAACCCGCGGGCUUCGUCUACGUUGAGACGGAUCGGUAUCUGCCAUCUGCAUCCCUGUCCCUCGAUGCGGGUGCCGGUGAUGAAGAGGUGGAGGAGAAGCUGAGUGCAUGGGCGCGCGCGCCGCUGGAGGAGUUGGCGUUUUUGAGGCGGGUUGUAGAGGGGGACGUGCAAGAAGGGGACGGUGCGAGUGAGGGUGAUGGGGAGCAGAUGAAGGGGCUGGUUAUUUGGGCGCCGUUUCAUGUCCAAGAGAGGGUUUUUGGGACGUAUUUGCGGGUGGCGAGGGAGCGGUUGGGAGAAAAGGCGUGGGCGAGGGUUGUAGGGUUCAGGUAUCUCCUGCAGGGACGCACAGCGGAUGAGGUCAAGAGCAUCAUUGGAAACGAGUGGUUCGUAAGUAACGUCAAGCUGGCGUGUGAAAAGGGGGAGCGGAGACUCGCGUUCGAUGUCGGCGUCGACGCGCAUCGCGACGGGAUAGAAGCGCUGGAAGCCGUGGCGGCGCUGAUUGAGGGUGUAGAGGAGGGCGUGAAUUUCGUGCUGAACCACCUGUGCAAGCCCGACCUCUCUACCCCAACCUGGCCCUUCUUCCCGCGCUGGCAAGCCUGCAUAGGCCGCCUCUCUUCUCACCCAAAUGUGUACAUGAAGCUCAGCGGCGCUCUCAACGAAUUCGCACCGUCCGCUACCCCAUCAUCCGUCGAAACCGUGCUGGACACGCUGCGCCCGUAUCUGGACUACGUGCUGCAGAGCUUCGGCGCGCACAGGGUGCUGUUUGGGAGCGACUGGCCGGUGUGCAAUGUCGGUGGUCCGAAAGGGGAGGUGGGGAAUUGGGGGUUUUGGGUUGAGGUUGUCGAGCGGUAUUGGGAGGAGAAGGAGCUCAGUGAGAAAGAUAUAGAGUGGGUUUGGGCGAAGAGUGCGGCGGCGGCGUACGGGAUUAAGGAGCUCAGAUAAGGAGUCUAGAUGAGAGAACAUGUGGUGUUGGGUCAUGGGAGGUUUGUAGCAAUGUUGAGUUGUUGGACGAAAGGGAGGUAUGGAAAUGAGUGAUCUGAUAGUUAAUCGAUGAAGACGCUGCCGCUUUCAAAGCGAG